AUGACAAUCGCUGCGACGGGAAAGAAAUGUGUGAUUCUGUGUUUAGCAAUGUUUCUCCUUCUCUCAAGUUUCCAUGAGGUUUCUUGUCAGGUUGACGCAGCGUCCAGCGAAUCUCAAGAAGUGACAUCAUCAUCUGAGUCUCGGUCGGUUGAAUCCUCGUCUGAAGUUACUAGUGGUCAGGAAGUGCGUCAAGGUUCAAGUAGCUCGGAAGACGUGAGACGUCUACUGGAAGGUUUAAAAGGCAAAGCUGGAUCUGAUGGUGGUGAAUCUAUGGAUGUUUCUGGGAAUGAUGCUGAGAAUCGGAAACGGCUGGAAGAGAUUGAACGAAAAUUCAAAGAAAGUGGUAACUUCCAAUCUGGGGAAAACCAUGACUUCAUGAUAAAUGAGCCGAAAAUAGUUGGAAGUGAUGAAGCUGAGGAAAACCAAGACAUCAUGAUAAAUACACCGAGAAAAAUUAGUGAAGGUGUGUCAAGUGAGAGUCGUGAACAGUAUGAGGCGACGUCGCAAAGCAGGUCUUCACAGAUUAGAGAAUCUCUAGGAAUUGGAGAGUCAGGUGCAUGGCGCUGUAUAAACCAAAACAAAAAUGGUGCUAAGGACGACGAUGACAGUCCUAUCGUUAUACCAAAGUACGACAUAAAUGACAUCAUCAAGGAAGAGAUUAACCAGGGCUCCUCGUCAAAGACCUCUAGUCUCAUAACAUCGCUGACCGAAAUUGUUGAGAAACAUAAAAGAGGAAGAUGGACAGAUGUAAGAAUAGGACAGGUUUCUACCAAGGAAACAUCAGAGAGAGUAACAAAGCUAAAAACGACCCUUAAAAGCUAUGUUGGUAUACACGUGCGUGAUCUUGUGGCUCGUUCAGAUUUCGAGGAGAUAAUGACAAUGGCUGCACGCUACGAACAACUAAGCUCGGCUUCGGUAACGUACAUCGCAAGGCUGGCCACGUACACGACUGUGAUAAAGCAAGGAUUCAAGGCCUCGCAGCGAGUUCAGACCGUGCACGAGCGUGUCAAGUUACACGAAAACGUGGCCAAAGACCAUCAGAAAAGAGUGGACGAAGAGUUCGCGGCAGUGAAGGCUGUGGCUAAGAAAGGAGACAAUUUGUCCGUUCAGAUAUUCGCCAUGAAGAGACUUGUGAUGAAGCUUGAGGCCGACAAGAGACAGGUUGAUGUAGAGUUCCAGAAGAUUGUUGAGAAUCUAUCACGUGUUCUAGAGGAAUCUUCUCACGCCUACGAGAAGUACCAUGUGGUUGUGCGUGAGUGGAAGGAGGUUCAAUCUACUGUCGAGUAUUCGCGUGAGACCAUCGAGAAGGCAGAGGGCGUUUGGGUUCAGUUUCUCAAUACUCUUAGUCAUUAG